AUGUAUUCUUAUCCGGUAGAACAUCUUCCAGCAGACAACAGCAUGGACGGCCAGACAAACGGAAUCCAUAUCCUUCAAGAAGUGGUUCCGGGACAAACGGGAGAUUCAGGAGAUUCGGGAAACGGCCGACGAUCCAGAGAAUCUCUAGGGCAUCUCAGUAGAGAAGAGAGGAGGAGGAGGAGAAGAGCGACGCAAAAAUAUCGCCUAGCACACGCAACUAGGGAAAGGAUACGAGUAGAAGCCUUUAACAUAGCUUUUGCCGAACUUCGUAGGCUACUGCCCACUCUACCACCCGAUAAGAAACUCUCCAAAAUUGAGAUUCUACGUUUAGCCAUCUGUUACAUCGCUUAUUUGAACGAUGUUCUGGACGUUUGA